AUGGCGGCAGCGGCGUCCGGCUCCAGCCCUCUGACCACUCACGUGCUGAACAGCGGCGACGGCGUGCCGGCGGCCCGGCUGGCCCUCAGCCUGCACCGCCUCGACUCCAACCUGCUGAUCUGGAACCUGCUGACAGUCGGGACGACGAACGAAGACGGCCGCUGCCCGGGCCUCAUCAGCAGCGAGGCGUUCACUGCCGGCAUGUACAAACUGCGGUUUGAGACGGGGGCGUACUGGGAGCGUCUGGGCAGGACGUCCUUCUACCCCUACGUGGAGGUGGUCUUCACCAUCAGCGAGCCGCAGCAGCGUUUCCACGUCCCUCUGCUGCUCAGCCGCUUCUCCUACAGCACCUACAGAGGGAGCUGA